CAGGGACAUCAUAUAUAAAGAGCCAGUCUCAAACUGCAGCAGAGACAUUUCAAAGUCCUUUGCCACUCUGGGGCUGUGAGCAGAGUCCUGAGCCCAUAUUUCCCACGGGGAGCAAGAGCCCUUCACCUGAAAUCCUCCCACGAUGCUCUGGCUGCUGCUGCUGCAGGUCUGGGCGAGCUGCCUUUGGCUGGGACAGGGCGAGGUGGUGGAGUCCUUUGCAAGUUGUCCUCAGUUCUUCUAUGAUAACACCCCCCCAGAUGCAGCAAUGAAGCCACAGAACCCAGCCUGGAUCUGCCAGACCUUCAAAAACCAGCCUUUCUUUGCCACCUUGUACGACAAAAAGAGGCGUAUUCCCAUGUACUCUGCUUACAAAUACGAGCCUGGAUGGCUCACCACAAACCACAUAUGGACAGUUGAGCCCCAGCUGAUACUUUCAAAUUUGCCCAAAAACAUGCAAACAAUGCAGACCCUUGAACGUCAAUACAACAUCACCAGAGCGCAAAUCAUGCAAAGCCAGGCUGUCGACAGAGACUAUGAGCACAGCGGUUGGGACUGUGGCUAUUUGAACCCCAAUGGCCACCACAACACCCCGGCCAGCAGGAAUGCGACCUUCACCCUCACCAACAUAGUGCCCAUGAACAAAAAACUCAACCAACAUGCCUGGAAAAACUAUGAGCAGCAAACGAUGGCCAAUAAAAGCAAGGACUGUCAAACCACCUACGUCAUUGUGGGGGCUGUGCCUGGGAACUCCUCCAUCUCCAAUGGGAGGGUUAAUGUACCCAGCCACAUCUGGUCUGGUGCCUGCUGCAAGACCAAGAACAACACCAUGAGUGCUUGGGCGGCCAUUGCUGAGAACAACCAGGACCAGGUCUGGGACCUCACUCUGGGGCAGCUGGAGAACAGUUUGGCCCAGCUGAAGGCUGUGGGACGAGGGUGGCCCAGGUUGCCCACAGGUGUUGUGGAGUCUCCAUUGCUGGAGAGGCUCAAACCCCAAGUGGACAUGAUCCUGGACAACCUGCUCUAG